AUGUCUGUUUCCAAGGUUCACGCUCGCCAGAUCUUUGAUUCUCGUGGCAACCCCACUGUUGAAGUUGAAGUCACCACUGCCAAGGGUGUCUUCCGUGCCGCCGUUCCUUCUGGUGCCUCCACUGGUGUUCACGAAGCACUUGAAUUGCGUGACCAAAUCAAGGCCGAUUACGUUGGCAAGGGUGUUUUCAAGGCUGUUGAAAAUGUCAACAAGAUUAUUGGUCCCGCUUUGAUUGAUUCCAAGCUCAACGUGAUUGAACAAAAGGCCAUUGACAACUUUUUGCUUGAGUUGGAUGGUACUCCCAACAAGAGCAAGCUUGGUGCCAAUGCCAUCUUGGGUGUUUCUUUGGCUAUUGCCAAGGCUGGUGCUGGUGAGAAGGGUGUGCCUUUGUAUGUGCACUUUGCCGAUUUGGCUGGUUCCAAGAAGCCUUUUGUUCUCCCUGUCCCUGCUUUCAAUGUCAUCAACGGUGGUUCCCAUGCUGGUAACAAGCUUGCCAUGCAAGAAUUUAUGAUCAUGCCUACUGGUGCCAAGUCCUUCACUGAAGCCAUGAAGAUUGGCAGCGAAGUGUACCAUGCUUUGAAGGGUGUCAUCAAGGCCAAGUAUGGUCAAGAUGCUACCAAUGUGGGUGAUGAAGGUGGUUUUGCCCCCAACAUCCAAGAUAACAAGGAAGGUCUUGAGCUUUUGGUUACUGCUAUUGAAAAGGCUGGUUACACUGGCAAGGUCAAGAUUGCCAUGGAUUGUGCUGCCUCUGAAUUCUACAAGGAUGGCAAGUACGAUCUUGACUUUAAGAACCCCAACUCCAACGCUGCCGACUACUUGACUGGUGAGCAGCUUUCAGAAUUGUACAAGUCUUUUGCCGACAAGUACCCGAUCGUGUCUAUUGAGGAUGCCUUUGACCAAGAUGACUGGGACAACUGGAGCCACCUCCUUGGUACCUCCGAUUUCCAACUUGUUGGUGAUGAUUUGACCGUCACCAACCCUAAGCGUAUUGCUACUGCUAUUGAAAAGAAGGCCUGCAAUGCUCUCUUGCUUAAGGUCAACCAAAUUGGCUCCGUCACUGAAAGUAUUCAAGCCGCUUUGGACUCUCAAAAUGCUGGUUGGGGUGUGAUGGUGUCUCACCGUUCUGGUGAAACCGAAGAUACCACCAUUGCCGAUUUGGUUGUUGGUUUGCGUACUGGUCAAAUCAAGACUGGUGCUCCUUGCCGUUCCGAACGCCUCGCAAAGUUGAACCAACUUUUGCGUAUCGAAGAAGAAUUGGGUGCCAAUGCCAUCUAUGCUGGUGAAAACUUCCGCAAGGCCCAUGAAUUGUAA